CCGAUUAUAUGUAUUUAUUUUCCUCUCCACCGAUGGGUGAACAAUGGAGAAGCCGUCAGCAGAAAUUUCUGGCGACCCUCCUAUUUUCCCAUGCACCAGAUCAUUGUUUAUGAUGCUGUUGUUGUGUAGGAGGGCAGGGACGGACCUGAUCUCGGCGGAUUUCUGCUAGAAAACACUCCGAACUCGACGGGCUUUGACCGGCCACGCAUCCUUCCAGAUCUCGAGCAGCUGAUGUUGGCGGUGCUGCCGCUCUCCUCCCGGCGAACAUGAUGAAAUUCCCGGCUCUCACGCACUACUGGCCUCUCAUCCGAUUCCUGGUGCCUCUGGCCAUUACCAACAUCGCCAUCGACCUCGGUGAACAGGCUUUAAACCGGGGAAUCGCAGCAGUUAAAGAGGAUGCAGUGGAAAUGUUGGCCAGCUAUGGUCUGGCCUACUCCCUCAUGAAGUUCUUCACCGGCCCGAUGAGUGAUUUCAAGAACGUCGGGCUGGUGUUUGUCAACAGCAAGCGGGACAGAACCAAAGCGGUGCUCUGUAUGGUCGUUGCAGGAACCGUGGCUAUCGUUUUCCACACUCUCAUUGCCUACACAAAUCUGGGUUAUUACAUCAUCAACAAACUGCAUCAUGUGGAUGAGUCUGUGGGAAGUAAGACCCGGAAGGCGUUCCUGUAUCUGGCUGCUUUUCCUUUGCUUGAUGCCAUGGCAUGGACUCAUGCUGGAAUUCUUUUGAAGCACAAGCACAGUCUCCUUGUGGGAUGUGCCUCUAUUUCUGAUGUCGUUGCACAGAUUGUGUUUGUGGGUAUUUUGCUCCACAGUCAUCUGGAGUGUGUGGAGCCCAUGUUGAUCCCAAUCCUCUCUCUGUAUAUGGGCGCCUUGGUACGGUUUACAAUUGUUGGUCUGGGAUACUACAAGGUCAUUCAUGACAACAUCCCAGAAUCCAGUGGGCCUGAGGUUGGGGGUGAUGCCACUAUUAAAAAGAUGCUAAGCUUCUGGUGGCCACUGGCUCUCAUUCUGGCUACACAGCGGAUUAGCAGACCUAUCGUAAACCUGUUUGUGUCUAGGGACCUCAAAGGAAGUACAGCUGCUACAGAGGCUGUCGCAGUUCUCACGGCUACAUAUCCAGUGGGCCACAUGCCCUACGGCUGGCUCACUGAACUUCGAGCUGUUUACCCUGCUUUUGACAAGAAUAACCCGAGCAACAAGUUGAUCAACAGUGGUACAGUCGUGACAAAAUCCCACAUCAAGCGCUUCACUUUUUUCUGUCUGGCUCUUUCUAUAACACUCUGUUUUAUGGUGUUUUGGGCACCACACAUUUCCGAGAGCAUCCUGGUGGACAUCAUAGGAGUUGAUCAUGCCUUUGCUGAGCUCUGUAUCACCCCAUUACGAAUCUUCUCCUUCUUUCCUAUUCCAGUGACAAUUCGCGCUCAUCUGACUGGUUGGCUCAUGACCCUGAAGAAGACCUUUGUCCUGGCGCCCAGCUCGGUCCUCCGCAUCAUUGUCCUCAUUUCCAGCCUGAUAGUUCUGCCUUACAUGGGGGUUCACGGGGCCACUCUUGGUGUUGGAUCUCUGCUGGCUGGUUUCCUUGGGGAAUCUACCAUGGUUGCGAUUGCAGCUUGCUAUGUGUAUCGAAAACAGAAGAAAAAGAAAGAUUCGGAUGAGGACAUGACCAUUGAUGGGGAGGAUUCAGCCCCUAUGAAUGAGGUCCGGUCCAGAGGCCGCAUGGACGACAUUGUGGAGCUGAGAGAAGAAGAUGAGGAGGAGCUGGACGAAGAUUAAGCAGGAUGCAUUGUGGAAAUCAGGGCCUUGUUGCUUUUUUCGGGCAGCAUUCUUCUUGCUUACUGUACCCUGCUGCCAAGGCGAAAACUCAGCUCCCCUUUCAAGUGUGCACACGGUUGACAUAAACACAGAGGAGCUGCAGCAUAUCUUUGUUACAGUCCACACGCGUCUUCCAGCUGCCCAUGCAGGACAGUGAAGAUACUGAUUUGUACCAAAGCAAUGUUGUGCAUUAACUGCUGUUAUUUUUCUUUUUCUGUAUGCUGAUCUUUAAUGUGCUGCCGUCCUACACGUUUUGAAUCUUCAGAGGAAAGACUUUGCUAAAUGCAGUUACAUCAUCCGCUUGGAAUGUAUUUUCUUUUUUAAUCUUUAAUAUUUAACAGAAAGGACAGACUUGAUCAGAUUUUUGAGGUCUGAGGACCAACAGCUUUUAUCAUUACAAGAAGUGUCAACAGAGGAUAUAAAUAUAUAUAUAUAGAGAGAGAGAAAGAGAGAUAUCACAGAUUUUUAUUGGAAUUGAGUAUGAAUUUGAUGGACAUCUUAGAAAAUAAGUUUCCGAGUGACAAAUGUUUGGGGUUUAUGGGUCAUCUAGAGGACCUAUUUUUUUAAAAUAUACAUAACAUAUGUUGUAGGUGUAUAAAAUAUGAAACACUUUUUUGUAUGGGUGAUGUUGUGAACUCUGUACAUUGUAGGGAACGAAAGAAUCGGGACUGUGUUUUCAUAACGACGUCUAUUGAAGUAUUUUUAUCUUAAUUUAUUUCAAGCAUUUAUUUUGUAUCUCAGGAUGUUUGUGAUGGGAAAAUAUUAAAGUAAUAUAAAGUCUGAUU